AUGGCCCCCCAGCUUUCCGACGCCGAAUUCGACGCUGCUCUCCAACAGCGUCUCCGCCGUGAUCCCUCCCGCUUCACCAAUAUCAUGGAGCACUUGACGGGAUCCUCCCCAACCUCGACUCAAGCAGACCAUGGUGCCUCUGCUACCCCUCAAAUGGGAGCCGCUCGACCCGCCCUGGUCACUAAUACUCCCCGUAUCGCCGACGGACACACCCAAUCUGGUGUCCCCCAAAUCACUGGGAUUUACGGCAGCCAUACUGCUGCCGGAGCCCCUCCCCAAGGCCACCUUGCUUCAGGGCAAAGUCAUGCUCAAGCGCCAAUGCAAGGCCAAAGGCCAGUCGGCCACAAUCACGUCAAUCCCAUCCAUAUUGGUGAAGGUCAAGGUCAAGGUCAACGUCACGGCCAAGUUGUUCAAAGCCAAGCUCAAGGGCAAGUCUUUCCCGGUGGUAACGCCUAUCCCCCUGCCCAUAACAGCAUGGGAUACCCUGCGUUUCCCCCUGGGUUGCCGAUCCCAGGUAUGCAACCAUACCAAGUUGCCCCAGAAUCGGGAUCAGGUGUCGCCAGCGCCCUCCCGUCGUACCGGCAAAUGCCAUUCGCGCCCCCUUCCACUGCGCUCCAGACUCAAGGGACGUUUCCGCAUGCAUCCCAGAUGCUCAAUGGCCCCCGAACCUUCCCUGGCUUACCUUUGACCAAGGGUGGUGCUGCCCGAGCCAAGUCCAAGAAAGCUGACCCGGUCGAACCCAAAUUCGGGAAAACGGGCAGCAUGCUCACGUACAUUGCCUGUGGAUCCCUCCUCCGGCUGCGACCUCGCCUUUGGAAAAACAAGACGGGCGGGGGCAAUCUCUUCCAUGAAGCCGUCGAUAACUCGAAUUACCGACUGCCAGUCCAUUUCAGAGCGGACAUGACCCCCAUCGAGAUCGCUGAGGCGGUUUACGCUGCAUUCAGGGCGAAAUUGGGCCCCAACGCUCUGAAAGAGCCAUUCCUUUGGGCCAAAUUGGGUCAUGGAACUGCCAGUUUCCACCCCGUCCAGACCUGUGGCGCCUAUGUCACUACAAUCGCGGACCUCAAAACGUUUUAUCACGCCUCGUCGAAUAUGUAUGUUAUCUGCGAAGGUUGGGAGAUUCCUGAAAAAGACAAUCCCGAUUGGCGCAUGAUGAUAUCAGCCCUACACAACGUCGACUAUGACCUUUUUGCGGAAGACGCAGACGAAGAUGGCCUUCGUAACUGCCAAGGCUGCAACAACCCCUAUCCUCCCGCCCAAAUGCCCCGUCACCAAGAGGUGUGUGCGGAUUACAUGGCUUGGGUCAACGAAUCGCAGGCCAAUGCAUCCAACGAUGCUAUGGCCAUCGCCCCAUUCCGACCUGUAUGGCAGCUUCCCAAGGCUAAAAACAAAGCAUCGGGAAGCAAAUCAGCUUCGAUCAAGGACGUCAAGCCAAGAAUUGAGGUCAAGCCUGAACCACGCUCUCCAAUCCAGCGGCCAAGAUCUCGCAAGACGGACUUGAAGGGCAAGGGAAGGGCAACCUUCCCGACGCCUCCACCUGAGAUCAACCUAGACGAUGAGUGGCUGUACGAGCCUAUCGUGUUGAUCGACGACAGUAGUGACGAAGAUGACGACAUCCAGGCGACAGAGGCGCCACUUCCUCCUCGGAUCGAAACUCCAGUCCAAGCAAGGCCCAAAUCGGGGAACGAUUUGCACGGCAACACUGUCGAGGCCUUGACAUCAGCUUCAAUUCACCCAAAGCUUGGUAGACGAUGGCUUGCCUUGCAACUGGCCUUGAUCAACGCCCCUCCCGCCCCUCCUGACGUCGUGUCAUCUCGGCAAUUGGAACCAGAAACAACUCCAAUGCAAUCCGCUGAACUCGAUGACUUUGCAAGGGAGCUUCCGGAACCUACGUACGAGUCGUCCCUGGACCAGGUGUUUGCGGAUACUAUCAAUCACAACGCCUAUCUUGAUGGAUCUCAAGAACAUGUCCAACGAGAUCACUCGGUUGCUGCUAGUCAGGUCGGCAGAGAAGAAGCUGAGGCGGAAGUUGGACCAAUCGAGGAUUUACCAGAGGAUCAUGGUAUACGCUCGCCACAACGUCCCCCUCUGCCGGGUCCUACCAUUGCCAGUCCAAUCGGUAGAAGGCUGCGACGUCGUGACAAACAAGAGCCUGACGUCCUGGACGAACAAAGCAAUACAAUGGGGAGAAUGCGCAAAAGACCUAGGCAAGAGUCGGCGGAUCAAGUUGCUCAAGUUACAGGGAAAAGGACUCGAUGUGCUCCAAAAGAGUUUUCGACCUUAACAUGA